AUGAAAGGGGCCAAUGAAACCAUCGUGACAGAAUUUGUCCUGCUGGGCCUUUCCAGCCACCCAAGGCUGGAGACCAUUUUCUUUGUUCUGGUGCUGUGGAUGUACCUGGUAAUCCUUCUGGGCAAUGGUAUCCUUAUCAUAGUAACUAUCUAUGACUCCCACCUGCACACACCCAUGUACUUCUUCCUUGGCAACCUCUCCUUCCUGGACAUUUGCUACACAACGUCUUCUGUGCCCCUAAUUCUAGACAGUUUCCUCACCCCAAGGAAAAUAAUAUCCUUUUCUGGCUGUGCAGUACAAAUGUUUCUGUCCUUUGCAAUGGGAGCAACUGAAUGUGUGCUCCUGAGCACGAUGGCAUUUGACCGCUAUGUGGCCAUCUGCAAGCCCCUGAGAUACCCUAACAUCAUGAACAAGGAUACUUAUGUGUCAAUGGCUGCUGGGUCAUGGAUAGCAGGAGGCAUUACCUCUACAGUACAAACCUCUCUUGCAAUGAAAUUGACCUUUUGUGGAGAUAAUGUCAUCAAUCAUUUCACAUGUGAAAUCCUGGCCGUCCUCAAAUUGGCCUGUGCAGAUAUCUUACCUAAUGUGAUUAGCAUGACAGUUGCUGAUGUAAUUUUUCUGGUUUUCCCAGUGCUGUUCAUUUUUAUUUCUUACAUUUUCAUCCUCUCCUCAAUAUUGAGGAUCCCUUCAGCAGAGGGAAGACGCAAAGCCUUUUCCACCUGCUCAGCCCACCUGACUGUGGUGAUUGUAUUCUAUGGAACAAUCUUUUUCAUGUAUGUGAAACCCAAAUCUAAGAACUCUCUUGGAGUAAGCAAAGAAGAUAUUACAGACAAGUUCAUCUCCCUGUUCUAUGGUGUUGUGACUCCCAUGCUCAAUCCCUUGAUCUGCAGCCUGCGGAACAAAGAUGUGAAGACAGCAGUGAAGAAUUUGAUGGGUCAAAAGCUCUUUGCUGAUUGAAUUCAGACAAUCCUUGGGAAGGAAAGAACAUACAUACAAAGAUGAGCUUGAGAAAUAUUUAAACAGAAAGGUUCUAUGUAACAAAACAAAGAACCUAUUUUAUUUAGCACUAGUUAUAACUGCUAUUUCAGACAACGAACUCAGUCUCUAAAGCCAGCUAAUGUAAGAAGUACUUUGUCAUGGAGGUACACAUUUGUCUGAUAUACCAAGUACAGAUAAUAAUAAUAAGCUUUACUGUUCUAUUAUUGACCCUGAAGAAAUAAUUCAUCUUCAACUACCUUUUUCUUUGCUCAUUAUUUUUCAGUUAUAUUCUUGCUGCCUGCUUCAGUUAUUCUAGCCUGACCAAUAUAAAAGUCUGGGUAAUAUUUAAAGCCACUUA